AGAAACUAAUAUCUCUUUAUUAUUCUGUAAUUAUCAAAAUAAGUCACUGGAGAUUGCAAGAACUAAGGAAUUAUUUGUAGAAUCUUAUAUACAUAAAAUACUAUCACUAUCUUCGAUCUUGAUGCUAAUUGUGAAUUUAUAUUCAGAUAUCAUGAUAAAUCUUUUUGUCUCACUUUUAUUUGACCAAAUUCAUCAAAAAUUAAUACCAGAGCAACCAGUUAAAUUAAACAUUAAUUGUGAAUUGACAUUUAGGGAAGCCAUUAAGAUGGCAAUGAAAACUUCAUAUAAGGAUGCCAUAGUAUGGUUACUUGAAAAACUUGUAAACAAAAAAAGUUUGAGAAAGAACAUGGGUUAUACCAUUUUAGAUUGUCUAAGAAUAUUAUCUAGUUCAAUCAUAAAAAGUGAUUACAGCAAAAUUACUCAUAUAUCAAAUUAUCUCGAUUGCAUCAUGAGAGGAUUCUUUGAUGAUCUUAAUUAA